GGGCGCCAGGGACCAGCGGCGCGUCAUUUGUGCUUGGCCGUCCAUGCUCGCAUUCGAGCACCGGAGAGGUCGGCGGAUUACCGAGACGUUUUUGUUGCUGGCGCUGAUGAGCAAGUGCAGCCACAACAAGCAUGAGGCCAUUGCUGCAGCAUGCUUCACGCUUCCACAAUGCAAAUGCAGCGACAAUAACAAACUCGAUUCGACCAUUUGGACGCUUCGUGACACAGUCGCCGUUAGUAUGCGUCACCCAGCAAGCGUCGACCGCCUCCAGGAGGAUUGAGGGGCCACAGAUUGGCAAUCAUGUGUUAGCAAGACGAGGGUAUCGGUUGUUCUCGAGCUCUGCAAGAUGGAAGGAGGAAAAGAGGCCGCCGAGCUCGUCUGAUCCAAUUGCCAUGCCACCGCCUGCAACCGAGCAGAAACCUACGCCAGCUUCUUCUGUCGAUCGAACACCAGAACAGCUUAUAGAACGACAAGAACGACUGCGAAGGGAGUGGGAGGAGCAACAAAGGAAAAGAGAAGAGGAAGCUCUACGAAAAAAACAACAGGAAGAAGAAGCUCGACGAAAGAGGGAGGAGGAAGAGGCUCUACGAAAGAAACGAGAAGAAGAGGCCUUAAAGAAGAGACAAGAGGAAGAAGCUGCAAGGAAGAGGCAAGAACAGGAUUCUCUGCGAAAGCGUGUGCCCGAUGAGCAAUUGCCCUCGCACCAGGAGCGUCAACGAUCAAACCUCGAAAAACGCUUUACAGCUUUGAUGGACGAUCUACUACCCAAGAUUGCCGUUGUCACACAAAAGGUCAAUACGUUUACAGGGACCGAUUACUCAGGCGUCGAAGCUCUCAGACGGGAGAUUCAGGAACAGGAGAAGCUUGUCAAAGCUCGUCGUCUUGCGAUCGAUUCUACCAAAGAAGCUCUUGAUGCCGCUCUUGAACAACAGGCUACCUCCCAGAAAGAAGUCGUUGCCCUUCUCGAGCGAAAACACUCCUGGUCCUCCAGCGAUCUCGAACGUUACAUGUCAUUGAUCCGGUCCGAGCAUAUUAACGACAAAGCUGUGAGAGAGGCUAAAGAAGCUGUGGAGGCUGCUGAGACUUCUUUGGAAGAGGCGCGAAGCUAUCUAGAGAAGAGAGAGCGUGCACAAUAUCAUGAAGAGCAGAUUUGGAGUGAUACAAUUCGGAGGAACAGCACCUGGGUCACAUUUGGUCUGAUGGGCGUGAACAUCUUCCUCUUACUCCUUAGUCUGCUGAUUCUCGAGCCAUGGCGCAGAAGACGGAUGGUACGCGAGAUCAAGACCGCACUGGAGGCUCAUAAGGCCGCCACUGAAACAGGACUCACCCCGACCUCAACCACCGCAUACAUAGCACCCAAUCCUGUGACCGAGCCAUCAGCUUCACAGCCUGAAGCGUUGACAGACAAAUCCAUCGACCCGACCGGCCCACAUGCGCCGACUGCAUUACCUGUCGUCAGAGAGCCAAGCACUGAAGAGUCGCCGACCGCAGGAACGGAGAUUCCGUUACGCAUCGCUGAUGAGGAUGGCAUCCAGAUCGGGAAUGUUAUUGAGGAGGCUGUAGAGCCUGCAAUUGACCCCGUAGUUUCUAGCGCUGCAUCUUUGCUGCCCGAGACUACAGAGACUUUGCCACAAGAGGCCGUUGACGUUCAGGAGGAAGACAGGAAGCCCCUUUCAAGAAGCGAAACGAUGUGGGCUAAGCUCGAUUUGUGGCAGAGCAAAGCUGUCGUAAUCGCGGAGGACAUCGUAAGCGACCGGCCCAUCUCGAUGCGCAGAGUCGACUUCACCACUGCAGUCUUGCAAGGCGCUGCUGCUGGAGCUGUAGUCGCGGCGGCCGCCAUCGCUUUACUACUAAGGCCACACUAA